GUAAACUCCUGUGCAUAUAUAUAGAGAGGUGCUUGCAUGUGUGCAUUGAUAUCCUGCUGGUAAAGUUGUUCUACGAGAUAAUCUUCUCAGCUGAACAUUGGUGCAUUCAGUGCUCAGUGAAGAAUGGGUGCAUUUGUGGUUGUUGUUCUGGCACUUUGGUGCUUCACAGGCAUCUUCGGGGAGGAAAAUGUUCAGGCGAACACAUUGGAUUGCAGCCAACACCUCCAGGCAACUGGUAACGGACCAAUAAGCUGCACGAGGAUGUAUUUUCCAGUCUGUGGUACAGAUGGCAACACUUAUCCUAAUGAAUGUGAACUGUGUCGCCAUAACCAGGAAGAAAACAAACUAGUUGGUAAGAAAGAUGUUGGAGAAUGUGCAAAGAUGGAUUGCAGUGAAUUCAGACAAGCGAAAGGACUCAUGCUCUGCACAAAAAUCGCUAAACCAGUCUGCGGAACAGAUGAUACCACAUAUAUCAGCAAAUGUGAUCUUUGUCGUCAAAACCUGGAAUCCAACAAAAAUGUGGGUGUGAAGUAUGAAGGUCAAUGUAUUCAGAUUCAGGACUAUUGCAAGGACUUUCUCCCAGGUAAAGGAAUCUGCAGCCUGGAAUAUAUGCCUCACUGCGGUUCUGAUGGGAAGGUCUAUGGCAACCAGUGUAAUUUCUGCUUUAAUGCCCUGAAGAGCAAAGGGGCUCUGUUGCUCCAGCAUUUUGGAAGGUGCUGAGAACAUGACAGAUUUCCAAGGGAGCUCUUUGCCUUAUUAUACUCUAAUAGCAAAUGUUGCAAAAGAAGGUCUGAUUUGCCAUUAAAGAUGUCUAACCUGCAACCAUGUAUUGUUUUGAUCUCUCCUAUAAUGUCUCGUUUUAUGUCAUGGAACGCAUUGCUAUUUUGGUUGUUCUCUCUUUCAAUACCAGGCUCAUGUAUAUCUGAGGGUCUGUGUAGGGUUUAGGGCUUUAACCUCAGGAAGGAAAGCAUAUUUGUCCAGUGUACCUGAACAAAGUAAGAAGCCAGACAGGGGGAUGGAGGCUGAAGUUGGCUCCAUUUGCCCUAAUGAAUCAGGGGUCAAUGCAUACUAGGGAGAAGGGGUGUACCUUAGAUGUUCCCCUAAUGAGCUGGCUUUCUACAAGCAGGGAGGUAGUGUGUGUGUAUGUGUG